AUGGCAGCAGAAGAAACCCCCCUGCUCUCCCUUGUCGCGGAGAAAUCUCUCUCCACAAAAUGCAAGCCCAACCUCCUAACCUACUGUCCGACAAUGGACCUAAUUGCCCUGGUGUCUGCACAGGACGAGCAACUAUCUGUUUACCGGUUGAAUGGGCAGAGGGUGUUUGGGGGGUCGUUUAGGGGUGAUGCACAUGGGCAUGGGUAUAUGUUGGACGAGGAGGACGAGGAGGACGAGGAGGAGAAGAGGAAGGGGGAAAUCAGGGGGGUUAGGUGGAAGAAUACUGGACAUCUUCUGGCGGUUGCUUGUGCAGAUAAUACGAUUCGGGUUAUCAGUUCGUACAGUGGGAAGACUGUCCAUCAUUACCCGGCAUAUCAGCGUCAGUCUCAGAAUGAUGAUCACGAUGAAUAUGAAACUACUACCACGCCACAGCCCAAAGUAACCUGUUUAGGCUGGGGCACCAACUUCACCGACAGCAAAGGCGCACAACGAUAUCUCCAGGAGGCUGCAGGUCAGAUCUCCGUGCAGGAUCUGUUAGCGCCUGAUGUGCAUCCGGCGAAGGCGGCUGCUUUGCUGAAGGCGGACUUACCGAGGGAGCUGGCGUUGUUGGAUGUGGAGAGUUCGUUGCCGAAGUUGAGUACGUUGCCGGCGACGGGGAGUGAGGCAUCGCUGGAUGCUAUCUUCCAUUCUGCGGCGAAGAAUACCAGUGACUCGGUAGAUGUGCUUGCAGUGGGAUUUGAUGACGGUACGGUGCAUUUACGGAUCUUUGAUUGCUUCGAGAUCGGGUCGUUCCAGAUUGGUGCUUCUGUGGGAAAUGUCAAUCUGUGCAGCUUGCUUCAGCAUGCGUCACAUCCGUUAAGCUCGACUCAUGCCUUGUUGGCGUCUACGCCGUCGGAUCAGUCUACAAACGCCCUGCAACUACUUACCGUCGAUCUGCGGUUUAUCACAAAGUCUGGUCGAUACUUGUCGCUUCUCGCAUACAAGACAACACAGCUGCAGAAUCUACUGCGGUAUAUCAACCAAGUGCAGAAGCAGAUCGAGAUCGAAUGGAAGAACGCCCAGGAACAGCCGAUGAGAUUUAUGCGCAGUGCUGAGGUUGAUUUGCAGGAGAAGUGUCAUUGUGAUUUUGUCACUGCUACGUAUCAUUUGGUGGUUACUGGAAAUUGCUUUGCGCCAUUGAAGGAGUUUCUGGUGGAUAUCCUUAAGUCACAGGGCCACAAGAGAUGGGACAAGGCUGUCUGCAGUGGAUACGAGAAUAUUCGACGCCUAACACACGAAUGUCUCCUCCCAGCCCUGGAACGCUGCGAAGUCCUCCUCAGCCGUCUCGUCGGUCUAUCAAAAUUCACCAAACUGAGCGAUGUCCUGGGCCUAGAAACAUCCGACCUAAACGCCAUCGUCGAAACCCUCGACUGCCUGCACCUCCUAUCCCACCACAUCCUAAUCAACACCAACGAAGAACUCUCCCAGUUCAUCUCCUUCUCCAAAUGGCUCCGCCACGAAAUCGACAUCCAGAGCGCAGAACCCAUGUCCCAAACCCUCGAAGAGCUAAUGGAACGAACAAACAUCAUGGAAUACCCCAAAACAUUAAAAUACAUCCAAGGCCCGCUCGCCAAAAGUGCCCUUCGCCGCUUCAUUCAGCAACUUCCCAUGCUGGGUGUCCCCAGACCGCCUCCUCCACCUGCGUCAGCUGCUGAUAAGUGGGCUCCGACGGGGCAUGGUCGGUCGUUUUAUGAGAUGUUUAAGGGAUUGCUGCAGCAGCAACAGCAGCAGCACCAGGGCUUGGAUGGGGGUGAGGUGGAGGUGCCAAAGUUGAAUGAUUUGACGAAGAGGUUGGGGUUGCAGUUUGAGAAGGUGUUUGGGCAGAUUGCAUUGACUCAGAGGAGGGGGAUUUUGCAUCGGUCGCCGCUUGUGCUGCAUGGGGAUUGUGAUGGGGAGGUUGUUGAUAUGGCUAUGCGUUAUGAGGACACGCAAGAAGGGAGCUUUGGUUCGGUCUACAUUGCCACGAGAUCGAUCAAGUCGAAGCAUCUAUUCUACAUCUACCGUGUGGUCCUGGAUUCUGUGAAUGGAGUCAGUUCGACGCGAAGUACAUCCGUCGCAGCCCUCGACCUCCAAGAGGGCGACAUCCGCCAACUCCAGUUUGUCGAAGAUGAAACCCUCAUGAUCCUCUGGUCUCACCCUAGUACGCCUACCAUAUUUUCCUCUAGCAAGCUAGCACUAACAAUAACAGAUGGAUCCUCCUACCUCCUCAGAUUCCCGUUUCAGCCCUUUUCCGCAACGAGUUCGGGCGCCGAAGCCAAAACCCCCUCCGACCUUACCGUGGAAUACGAAGACUGCAAUGCGCCCAUCACAGCCGUGCUGUUAGAUGUGCUAGCGGAUGAUUCGCCACACGCGAGCCUGAUUAGACAUACUUUCUCGGCGAGUGCUGGGGCUAAGGGUCGGGUAGGACGGAUUGAUGUUAAUGGGAGAAAGGGGAGGAGAGCGGUUUGCGCGCUGUUUGGGGAUGGAGGGAGGUAUGAGGUUUUUGAUAUGGAUGCGGAGGUUGUUGAAGAAGAUGAGAGUGUUCAGUGA